AUGAGGAUGAGAAAGAGGAGAGAGCCAGAGCCAGAGCCAGAGCCAGAGCCAGAGCCAGAGCCAGAGCCAGAGCCAGAGCCAGAGCCAGAGCCAGAGCCAGAGCCGGAGCCGGAGCCGGAGCCAGAGCCGGUCAGCACAGGGAAGGGCAAGGGAAAGGGUGAAGCCAAAGGGAGCAAAGGUGUAGAUAAGGUGCGAAAAAGCACCUCGCGCAAGGAACGCGGAAUACAAGCCGUCCGGAAAGCGAAACAAAAGGCCAAAGGCGAAAAAGUGGCCGACGCUGAACUGGAAGAUCAGAAGCCAAUCGAUGAGGGGGCAGGAAAAGGCAAGGAAGUAGCAGCGGUCAAUGCCGACAAGGCCGAGGAGAAGCAGGUACAAGCGGCCGGCCAAGGGGAAGGAAAAGAGAAAGCCAUAGCAGCGGACGAGGGAAAGGGUGAACAAACCCUGCAACGGUUCACCCGCGCAGACCUCCAAGAAGCAGGGGCCCUAGAGUCCGACUCUGUCAAACCGCCGACUCUGACCAACGCCAUCCAUCCCAUCUGGGCACCCGAAAAGUUCCGCUUCGCCGGCGGCACCGACGCGACCGCACGGGCCGAAGCCUACGCCGCCGUUGCUCCCGCUCUGCGGCUCGCGUCGCUCUGGAUCGAGCGGGCGCGGUACGGGGACUUUUGGGCCACCAUGUGGAGCGGCAGGCUGAUGCGGAUCUCUCGGCCGAGGGGAGGUGAGGCCGAGGGCCUUGCGGAGGAUGAUCCGGGAGAGGGUUUGACAUCGGAGGGGUUUCGGGAUCUCGCCAGUCUGGAGGGGUUUCGGUGCGAAUGGCGGUUCGGGCCUCAAGCCUUGGGGACGUGGGCGAAGACGGAGGAGGGGAUCGGUGGCGUUUCGGGAUGCGUGACCACCCUCCACGACGACUUUGAGUGGCUGGCCCGCUUUCCGCAACCCGGUUCGACCGUAUCUGAACGUCUGAGGGGUUCUUUUUUCCUGGCAGUUAACCUGGUUCGCGAACUGGUCCAGCAGGUCUGUCGGUUCAAACAUAGAGAUCAGUAUGGCGAAAAUGUUGGCCCACUGGCUAGGUCUUCGGUGUUCUAUCAGCCUCCCGAGGGUGUUGGAUUUCCGCUGGACGUGGCAUGGGAGAAUUUCAUGUUCGAAGGGCCGAUUCAUCAAAUCAACUCGCCUAUGGGUCCGAUGGCUCCUGAUGGCCUAGCUGUCCGUCAUUCCAGAUCACAGACCGACCCUACGAGGGUCUACAUGCCCGUGCGAGUGGACUGGAUCAGCGAACAGUUUUCAGUGGGCUUUUGGUCAGCCGAUGAUGUCGAUGAAGACGACAUAUUGCCCGGGCUGCCCAAUGGGUCGAAUGUUUAUGCAAAGGAGUUGGUCAUUGAUUAA